CGCCUCGUGGCUGGUGAGAGUUGACACCUGAGGCCACUAGAGUCGGCAGAAUCGCCGCCGAGUCUCCGAGGUUAUCGCAGCAAUAACAAGCUUCCACUGGUGAAUCUUCCUUCCAACUUGACGACACUAGAUACCUCUUUUCUGCAAGUCACCAUACAAGGAGAUAUUAUUGAUCACCCAUGGACUAUGAUUUGAGACUGAUUUGAAAGAGGCGCCGUUGAUCGCCGUUCCCGUUACAAAUGGCCACAGUGCGGAUUUGUGUUUGUGGUGACGAGGGAACUGGGAAAUCCAGCCUCAUCACUUCCCUGGUAAAGGGUGUCUUUGUGACAAACAAGAUCCAGCCAAUCCUUCCCCAGAUCACCAUCCCUCCUACGAUCGGAACCCCCGAAAAUGUCACAACCACAACGGUGGUCGAUACCUCUGCUCUGCCGCAGGAGCGAAACAAUUUGGCAAGGGAGAUUCGGAAAUCAAAUGUGAUCCUGUUGGUCUACUCUGAUCACUACAGCUAUGAAAGAGUGGCUCUAUUCUGGCUGCCGUAUUUCCGGUCCUUGGGAGUCAACGUCCCCGUGGUGCUGUGCGCCAACAAGUCGGACCUGGCUGCUGGCCACAGUGAGACCCAGGUCAUUGAAGAUGAGAUGCUGCCGUUGAUGGCGGAGUUCAAGGAGAUCGAUUCCUGUAUUCGCACAAGCGCCCGGGAGCAUCGCAAUGUAAACGAAGCCUUCUUCCUCUGCCAGAAAGCGGUCACCCACCCGAUUGCGCCGCUGUUCGACUCCAAGGAGUCCUCUCUGAAACCAGCCGCCAUCGCAGCGCUGCAGCGCAUCUUCUACCUGAGUGACAAGGACCGUGAUGGCUUUCUUUCCGACAAGGAGAUUGGAGAUUUCCAGAUGAGAUGUUUCGAAAAGCCUUUGAGUGAAGAAGACCUGGUGCACAUCAAGGAGACUAUUCAGAAGACAAACCCACACUCGGUGACGCCAUCUGGCAUUGACUGUCGGGGGUUCAUCCACUUGAACAAGAUGUAUGCCGAAAAAGGCCGCCACGAGACGGUCUGGAUCAUUCUACGGGCGUUCCAAUACACCGACAAUCUGUCGCUGCAAGAGAACUUCCUCCACCCGAGAUUUGAGGUCCCUCCGUACGCAUCCGCGGAGUUAUCUCCAGAGGGGUACCGGUUCUUUGUCAACCUGUUCCUUCUCUCGGACAAGGACAACGAUGGAGGGCUGAACAAUGCGGAAUUGGCCUCGCUUUUUGCCCCAACUCCUGGCUUACCGGCUUCCUGGGCCGAUGGCUCAUUCCCCUCCUCGACGGUUCGAAACGAAGCUGGUCAUGUCACGCUCCAAGGGUGGCUUGCCCAGUGGAGUAUGACCACUUUUACGUCACCCAAAACCACACUUGAAUACCUAGCCUACUUAGGGUUUGAAUCAUCCGACCGAAGUAAUCCGUCGACUACGGCGGCAUUGAAAGUGACUCGUCCACGAAAGCGAAGAAAGCGUCCUGGACGAGUGGGCAGAAACGUCGUAUUGGGCCACGUGCUCGGAGCUCCGAGUUCAGGAAAGUCUGCACUUCUUGAUGCCUUCCUCUCGCGCGGAUUCAGCACGACAUAUCACCCCACGAUUCAACCACGGACGGCGGUCAAUACGGUUGAGCUACCCGGGGGGAAGCAAUGCUACAUGAUCUUGGACGAGCUCGGCGAGUUGGAGCCUGCCAUUCUCGAAAACCAAUCCAAGCUGCUCGACCAAUGCGACGUGAUCGUCUACACCUACGAUUCGUCCGACCCCGACUCAUUUGCCUACAUCCCGGCGCUGCGGUCCAAGUACCCUCAUCUGGAGGAGCUGCCUAGUGUUUUCAUCGCUCUCAAGGCGGAUUUGGACCGAACCACACAACGGGCGGAAUACCAGCCGCACGAGUACACUGCCAUGUUGAACAUGACCGGUCCACCGCUCCAUGUCAGCGCCACGUGGAGCUCAAUCCAAGAGGUGUUUGUGCAUAUUGCCGAAGCAGCCAUGGAGCCCAGUUUGGCCUUCCCACGCAGCGAGGAGGAUGUCGAGGGGAAAUGGAUGGCGUGGGGGAUCGCGCUGGGAGCCGUGGUCUGUGCCGGAGCAGCGGCGGUGAUGAUCUGGCGGAGAGUGAGUGGGAGUGGGGACUGAGAAGGGAUGUGAUGGUGGAUCAGUUGCAGACAUCCGCUACCAUUAAUAAUUUAUGAACACAUGAUGAGACCUC